GACCAUUUUGCCAACCCCCCACGUGGCUGACUAUCUGAAGAGGGCGGGGUCCUUAGAUAAAGGGUGGAAGGAACUGACAGCAAUGUGACAGUCACACGAGCGCCGAACAUCUUCAUACAGACGCUGCUUCUCAGGCGCUGGUUUCCAAGGAGACGGGCAUAGGCGGGGCGCGUGUGAGGGGGAGCUGUGACUGUCCAAUGAGAGAACGCGGACCGGGUUGUUUGUUGGUGGUUCAUUCGGGAAAGUUACACAAGGUUGGAAAAGGGAGAGGGUGGCGGCAAGGGGCGCAUUGUUAGUCGCUGGAGCGUGCUUCUACUUAUCUAUCGAACCGCACCCGAUCCCCCGAUUCUCCCACCACGGGAGUAGCCUGUCAAAAAAAAGGUGCCUGGGGGUUUCCUUGUCCUGUUCGUAGCCAUAAUGGAGCUGCUAACUGUCGGUGCCUCUUUCGCCUGCUUUCGGCUCUUGAAUGGAGAACUCCAAAGGCUGGUGCCACCUCCGAGCUCCGCGCUUCGCAAUCCUUGGAAAUGGAGGAACAUUUGGACUUCCUUUGUGCACAGCCUCAUUACCGGCAGCUGGGCGCUAUUGGGGUUUUACCUGCACCCUGAGAUGGCUGAGGAUCUCAUCUCCACACACUCCCCUUUCUCACACAGCCUGGUUGCUGUGUCUAUAGGUUAUUUUAUUCAUGACUUUUUGGACAUGCUGCAGAAUCAGAAGCUACAUCAAUCAUGGGAGCUGCUUUUCCAUCACGCUGUGGUUAUAACAUGCUUUGGUAUCUCAGUGGUCCUCCAUCGCUAUGUGGGUUUUUCAGUGGUUGCAUUGCUGGUAGAAAUCAACUCCAUCUUCCUCCAUCUACGGCAAAUCCUGCUCAUGGCCAACUUGUUGAAAACCACCUUCUACCGACUUAACAGCCUGCUGAACUUGGGCACUUAUGUUAUCUUCAGAAUCAGCACUUUGGCCUGGAUGACCAGAUGGCUGGUGCUAAAUAGAGACAAUAUACCGCUUUUAAUCUACACCAUCGGCAGCGUGGGAAUGGCUAUCAUGACUGUGAUGAACAUCAUACUUUUCUAUCGUCUUCUGCAUAGUGACUUUCUUAAGUCUGCCCGGGAUCCCCAGCCUGAGAAAGAAAAAUGAAAAGCCAGACCGUUGGCUUGUGUUUUUUUUUUUGUUUUUUUUUUUACCAAGAACCAUUUGUGGUUUUCAUGCAGAGGCUUCCUCAGGAUUAAAAUCAAAAACCUAAUAACAAAGAAAUCCCAUUGCAAAGUUUACAUGGUAACUUUUUUGAAGGCAUUUGUGGUGAACCUUCUACCCAAUGCAUUUCCUUUGAGGAGAACCAUCUGAAGGCUUAAAAUCAAGAACCUAUUUAUACAGAAUUCCAUUGCUGAGCAUUGGCAGUGGCUCAGAGUUUACAUAGUAACCUUUUGUAGGCUUUCAUGGUGAACCUUCUACCCAAUGCAUUUACUUUGAGGAGAACCAUCUGAAGGCUUGGAAUCAAGAACCUAUUUAUACAGAAUUCCAUUGCUGAGCAUUGGCGGUGGCUCAGAGUUUACAUGGUAACAUUUUGAGGGCUUUCAUGGUGAACUGUCUACCCAAUGCAUUUCCUUUGAGGAGAACCAUCCAAAGACUUAGAAUCAAGAACCAACUUUUACAGAAUUCCAUUGCAGAGCAUUGGCAGUGGCUCUGUCGCUUUCUGCCAUAUUGACCAACAUCCAGUUGCAGAUUUCUCCCAAACAAGUAACUCCCAUCCGAAUCUCUAGAUUCAUUAAAGCACUUAAGAUCUGCUAUUGUGAGAACAUGUGCCUGCAUUUGUUGUUAUUCAACAAAAUUCCAAUUUAAUCAAUAACUGAGAAAUAAGCCACCCAUUUCCCUUUAGCAGAAUAUCCAACAUCAACCACUUAACCACUCACAAUAUCGCCAGAACUGGCUCUUUACAAUAACUUAAUGAGGCUGGGCCUCAUUGGCCAGAAUAAAUAAGAGUAGGUUUGCUGCAAAGGCUAAAGCCACUUUGGUACAAAGCAGGCCUACUUUCUACCUAGGAAGGCUCUCGUUUAUACUGAUGUUUUCUCAAAUUCGUCUCUUACUAUCUCUAAACAGAUAAGAGUAUGUCAUACCUAUGUGAACCAAUAUGAGGGGACUUUUUAUGUGAAAUUCUAAUAUAUCUAUGAUCUUAGAAGAAAAUAUCUGUUUUGUUUCACUGAAAAAUGUUAGACAUGGUACCCCAGAAAAGGGGGUAGAUUACAUAGAAGAUCAACUAUCAGACCUUUAGUCUCAAGGGCCAUAUGACGGCUCUAUGCAUACAUGUAGAUAUGCAGCAACUGGUUGUUUUGCGCAUAACAUUUCUUAUAAUUUCUUUAUUAUUAUCCAUUGGUGCAGAAUUACAGUUGCUCCGCAUUUGUUCAGUGAUCUAAGCUUGCACACUUUGGUAAAACUUAAUUGAUUGUGCCUGUGCAUGAAUAUCGUACAGUUUAUGGGAACCAAUACGCCUUACACUCCAUCAGUUCAUGAUGUGUAUUUAUGUCCAUCCUGUCUGAUUAUCUGGGAAUGUAUGGCCAAUAUUGGGGCUGUUUAGACAGAUAAUUCUGCCAAGCGUUAAAUAUUCUGUCAGUUUAGCUUUAAGGCCAGUUGUCUGGAGUUUUAUAUGGACCACUCCAUAUAAAGCCACUUUAAAGUGGACCUGUCACCCAGACAUUAAAACUGUAUAAUAAGUCAUUUUCAAAUUAAAUAUGAAAUCCAAAUUCUUUUUUUUCAUUAAAGCAUUCAUAGAUGUUUUAAAGUCAUUUAUAAUCUCAGCUGUCAAUCAAAUAUAGUCUGCCCCUCCUCUAUGCCUAAGGCAUAGAGGUGGGGGAGGCAAUUACUUUCACUUUCCAUUUAGCACUUCCUAGAUGUAACUGCACUCCCCACAUUCCCCUGUUUUCUUCACCAUUUAAUUUUGUAGCCAGUGCAUGGGGAUGGACAUCAGGUUCACAAAAUGGCUCCUGCCUGUUUGCUAUAAUAAUGAAGUCCCAGACUGAAGGCAACAAGAUUCAAAUAAUUUAUACAGUGUAAUUAAAGUUCAUUUGGCUUGACUAAUGUGAUAAAAUAGGAUUUGGAAUAAUUUUUUUAGGUGACCGGUCCCCUUUAAGAAAAUUCUAUUCUGCAUAUGCACAGUGAGUUCUGGUCUAUUAAAUGCUAUAAUGUACUGUUAUAAACAUCA